CGUGAAAGAUGAAUUUCCAUGCUGUUCGUUCAGAGCGUUCAGAGAGUGUAUUGAGCUGUGCGUGAGAAAAGCAACCGCAGAGUUUUCCUGAUGAAAACAUUUUUUUUUAAAUAAUAUCUGCGAAUUUGCUAGAGCUAGAAAACGGAAAGCGGGUUAAAGUUGGUCGCUUGUUAAGCACCAUAAAUUCAAAAUUAAUCAGUGAUUUCAGUACAGUGUUUCAUUAAAGGAAGAAAAUGUUGGCGGUGUCCCGAUUCGCCAUAAGCAAUCUUCGAAUUGCGCAACCGAGAGUAGCGACUGCGACGAAGGGAAGGAGAUGCCCCGUUGUUGUAUUUUCGGCUACCCGAGGAAACAGUGUGCGAUGGUUUUCCAAGAAGGUAAAUGAUAUGAUAACCCGGCAAAUUACAGCUAGACGGAACCGGAUGAAGACGGCCUCCGGGGGGGAUUGUUACCUUCCGCCGUAUCCAGGUUGUAAUAUAUACAGUAAAAACCCGAAACUUGGGUCAAUCGACACAACUCGAACUCCGCUGCUCAAUCAACGCACCCAGAGCGUGGAUCAAGAAACCAAAUCCAUAAGAAGUGCUCCAGCUGAUAAGGAUUUGAAGCCCGUAUGCCCUCCAAAGGUUACUAUACCGAAGUGUCCUCCCAAACCGGUAGCAAAGCCUACGUAUACCUCAGGAAUGCCACCUUCAUGCCCACCACCGCCCGAAAAGAUCCCCCCUAGUGGUCCUGAUUACACGCCAUACAUCAUCGGAGGGAUAGCUCUAACUGUAGGUGGACUUGGGCUCGCUUACAAAAUGGGAUUCUUCGACAAUAACGAACCACUAGAAACGACGACUGAAGAAGCUCCACCGAGCUCUCGGAAACCCAAAAGCAAAAAUGCGUUCCCUGCCUCGCCCAAAGAUCUCCCGAAAGAAGUUCCAUAUCUACUUAUCGGUGGCGGUACAGCCAGCUUUGCCGCUUUCAGAGCUAUUAAGGGUCACGAUGCUAAAGCUAAGGUGUUGGUAAUAAGCAAUGAACCAGAAAUGCCGUAUAUGAGACCGCCUCUAUCAAAAGAACUAUGGUUUAGUCCUGAGGACAAGGCUGAGCAAGAUCCUCUGCGAUUCCGACAGUGGAAUGGAGUCGAGCGUAGCAUCUACUAUGAGCCGGAUGAUUUCUAUAUCGAUCCUGAUAAACUUUCAGAUGCCCCGAACGGUGGCGUUGCCAUUGCCAGAGGCUACGAAGUGCAUAAAAUCGAUGUGGUUAAUAGGAAAGCCAUUCUUACCGAUGGGACUGAAAUAAAGUAUGGGGAAUGCCUUCUAGCAACUGGAUCGAAGCCUAAAAAUUUACCUGUUUUUGAAGCGGCCAGUUUGUCUGUGAAAGAACGGUUGACGCUUUUCAAGAGUGUAGAUGAUUUUGAACAGCUGAAUCAAAAGUUGAAACCUGGAGAUAAAAUUGCAGUAGUCGGUGGAGGAUUUCUCGGAAGUGAGCUGUCUUGCGCCUUAGCCAAACACAGCCAGAUAAGAGAAAAAGGAUUUGAAAUUUAUCAGCUGUUCCACGAAGGAGGAAAUAUGGGCAAAAUACUACCAGAAUAUCUCAGCCAGUGGACUACAGAUCGAGUUAGAGAAGAAGGCGUUAAGGUAUGGUCAAAAACACAGAUAAAAACCGCAGAAGUUCUGGACAAAAAACUGGUUCUCACUUUAACUGAUGAUAGUAAAUUAGUAGUUGAUCAUGCUAUAGUAGCAGUGGGUUCAGAACCCAAUACAGACCUAGCCAAGACAUCUAACCUGGAAGUAGAUCCAAACAUGGGUGGAUUUGUUGUAGAUGCUGAACUUAGAGCGAGGUCACAUUUGUUCGUAGCAGGUGAUGCUGCAUGUUUCUUUGAUCCUAAACUUGGUCGACGACGUGUGGAACACCACGAUCAUGCUGUUGUUUCAGGGCGUCUAGCCGGUGAAAACAUGGCAGGUUUAAAUAAGCCUUAUACCCAUCAAAGUAUGUUUUGGUCCGACUUGGGUCCGAAAAUCGGUUACGAAGCGAUUGGAAUCAUAGACGCUGCACUUCCGACAGUAGGUGUCUUUGCCAAAAAUAGUCAUGCUCAAACCAUUCCGGAUACUAGCGAGAAGCUUCAAGCCGCAAAUGCAACUGUUGUACCGGCUUCAUCAACGUUUACCAACGGUGGCACUUCCGUUCUUAACCCGGGCGUCGUAAAGGCGGAAGCAAUUGCCACUGAAUGCAAAGAGGAAACAGACGAUUUUAACAAGGGUGUUAUUUUCUAUCUGCGCGAUGAAAAGGUUGUUGGUGUUUUGUUAUGGAAUAUUUUCAACCGAAUUCCGACGGCACGAAAAGUUGUUGCCCAACACACAAAUUACGAAGAUUUGAAUGAAGUUGCUAAGCUUUUUAAUCUUCAUGAGUUUUCCGAAGAACAACCUGUUCAAAGUUCAACGGAUACGAAAUAGUCUUGAAAAUUUGUGAAAGCAACUCCCGUCAAAAUUAUUAGUAAGCCAUAAAUUAUCCUACGUAGAAGAAUAUUUAAUUCUUAUAUACGCGCAGCAAUUUUAUUUUAUGUUUGCAUUUUCGUAGCAACGAUACGGGGUGAAUGGCACUCAAACACUAAGAAAUAAAUACUAUCCAAAAACUAAAA